AUGGCCUCAAAAAGAAAAGGUAAAGGAAAAGGAAAAGGAAAAGAAAUAUUUAUUGACUAUAAUGCCGAAAAAAACAAAUUAAUACCCAUAAAUCAAUAUGAAGGUGCAUUAGACUUUUAAUAUUAUGUCCUAGCUUAAAUGAGAAACGGUUAAAAAGCCAAAGCCAAAAUAAUCGAAUGUCGAUUCAGCAAAGAAGAUUAUGAUCCUAAAAAGACUAAAAAUGACUAUUCCUAUGAUUAUUAUUUACAUUUUGAAGGUUAUAAUAGAAGAAACGAUUAAUGGUAAAUCCGUGAAAACAUUGAAUUAACAACAGAAAUAAUCCAAGAAGCCUAAAUAAAAAAAAAGCGUAAAGGCGAAGAAUAAAAACAAGAAAAAGAAGAAAACGAUGAACAUGAAGGAAUGGACGAAGCCUCCCUUUAAGCCCAUUUACUAGCCACAAAAAUAAAGACAAUAGAAAAAAUUUAAAUAGGCAAGCAUUCAUGUGAAACAUGGUAUUAUUCUCCGUUUCCGAAAGGCUAUCAUAACGUCGAAACAAUAUAUGUAUGUGAGUUUUGUUUAAAUUUUUAUUUAACGUAAUCUGAAUUAGACCGUCAUUCAAAAAACUGUAAACUCACACAUCCACCAGGUGAUGAAAUAUAUAGAGACGAUAACCGAAAAGUUCCGAUUUCUAUAUUCGAAGUAGAUGGUAAAUAUAAUGGUGUAUAUGCAGAAAAUCUAGGAUAUUUAUCAAAGCUUUUUUUAGAUCAUAAAAACUUGUAUUAUAACCUAGACCCUUUCUUAAUUUAUAUUCUGACAGAAAAUGAUGAACAAGGGUCACAUAUCGUCGGCUAUUUUUCUAAAUGGAAAGAAUGUCCACAUGGAUAUAAUCUAUCGUGUAUUUUAGUAUUCCCUUGUCAUUAAAGGAAAGGUUAUGGGAAGUUCCUUAUUAGUAUUUCAUAUUAGCUUUCAAUAAUAGAAGGUAAACCAGGUACGCCAGAAAGACCGCUUUCUGAUUUAGGAAAGGUGAGUUAUUUAAGUUGGUGGUCGUAGACUAUUAUAGAUUUUUUGAGGAAAAAAGCUGAUGAUUAUCAUUUUAGUAUUUCAGAUAUUACUAAAGAAACUGGGAUUUAAGAAAAAGAUAUAAUUUGGACUUUAGAAUAAAAAAAUAUGGUAAAAUAUGCUUAAGGUUAAAUUAUUAUUUGCACAGAUAUGAAUUAUUUAAAUAAAGUUUAUAAAGAAUGCGGACAGGCUGGUAUUCCUGUUUAUCCGGAAAAUUUUAGGUGGGUACCUUUUAGAUUUAAAUGGGAUAAAGAAGUUUAGAUUUUUUAUCCGAAAUAUAAUCCUAAAUUAAUAUCAGAAAAUAAUGAGGAAGAAAAUAAUGCAAAUAAAAGUAAUAAUUGA